CUUGUUUGUGCCUGGUGUGCUCCUGAUGGUAGACGCUUGAUGCAAUUGAGAAACAGUUUGGUAUUCUAAUAUUUCAGUUAAAAUCAUAGUCUGCAAAUCGUCGCUUACAAGUAAUUGUGUGUCGUAAAACUAUGGCUGAUGCUACACCCGACGAUUUGUGGACGCCGUACAAGUAUCUGUUGAACAACAUAGAAAACUACCUUCUACCGCCCAAUGACUUCGCCGACACGACGCACGCCGUCAGCCUGGAGGGGCUACUACGGAAACACAAGCAGAACUUUAUCUCUCUGCUGAAAAACCCGCCCAAGAAUGCCAAAUGCCGGGAAGCGAUUAAACAAGGCAUCACCGAUGGCAUAACGCUGCCCGACUUUGGUCACACAAUGCUGUCGAAGGAGCUCGUCGACGAGAGUAUUAUUAUUUCGGAUAUGUUCGACGUAAACGAGUACGUCGCACUGGAGCUCCUGUGCACAUCGCAGCAGCAAACUGUCAAUCACCCCGGGUUGACGCGUGGUUUGGUGGCUGUUUUACUGUACUACGAUGGACGCAAGUCGCUCGUGGCAAGCCUGAAGCAGUUGUUCAAAUCCCGAGCCGGCGUGUCUUGGUGUACGGAUGCGACGCCGGACGUUACCCAGAUCAUCACCACGUUCACCGAUGGACUCGUAGCCGAUGGUGUGCUGGAGCGAAUUAUUGAUCUUUUGCAGCAGCUGGACAUUACGAAGGAAUUGGACGUGCUCACGACAAACCGUGCCCUCGGACCACCGAAGCAUCACCGGCAGGUGCUGGAUUUGUUCGAGGAAAUACGGCUUCUACUGGCGCAGUGCGUCUAUUUCUGUGCUGCACAGGCCGGUUUGCCACGGAAUGCUACGAUGAAACUUAUCCAGUACCUUCGGGGCUACAAGUUCGCUGAAUCGGGUGGUGGCAUUGACGAUGUAACCGUGACGCUACAGAUGAGUCUGCUGUACGCCCUGGAUCUGAGCGUCCUGCAACGGCGGGAAGACGGAGAGGAUCUCGUUAAACAACUUCCAAUGAUAAAAGAUGAGCUGUACUUUGACUUCCUUCUCGAUGCCCUUUCGAAUGGAUGGGAAAACGAUGGCCUGCAUGCGCUCUCACUGUUUGCAUUCGGGCUAUCGAUAGCAACGCUCCGUCUGGCACCGCAAACACUAGUCCAAGAUAUGGCCAAAUUCAUCGACCAAGAUGAGCUGCUCGUCAACGGGGCCCUGCAGGGGAAGGUGUUCGAUUUCCUGUACUACACGUUCCUCGAGUCGGAGCUUAUCUUCGAGACGGAAUUUUUCUACCGUCGCAUCCACACGCUGUACACGGACUUUAUCGAGCUGAUGCACUCGAAGGUCACGGAACUGCGAGGCCGAGCGGAUGAGACGGCGCGCACGGUACAGCUCUAUCAACAGCAGGGCAUUGAGCCACCGGCGAACCUAUGCCGUAACUUUGAAAUGUUGCUGCUUUCGGUGGGUAAGUUCUACGGCAACGAUCGACUCGCGCUGCACCUGAGCGUAGAUUAUUGGGGGCCAACGGAGCUAAGCCAUACGCUGCAACCACGUUCCUCGUCACGAUCGGUCUGCCUGUUCAAGUUCAUACGACUUGCGGGGGAACUGUUGCCACCGACGCUUUUUGUGCCGUACCUCAAAAUGCUCGCCGGACUGAGCUGCAACGCGCAGUCCGCCCGCAGUGCGUUCAACCUGCUUAAGCAGGGUAGUGCCUACUCGGGAAGCAACACCAUCUCGUGGGAACACUUCUUCAACUCGCUCAUCGCGUACUACCAAAACCUGCGGCAGGAGCAAAAUCCCCACUCUGAGACCGUCUAUCGAAACCGGAUGAUUAGCAAGAGCAUCAGCCCACAGGAGAUCCUAGGGUUGCAGGCCGUACUGCAGGUUGUACAGGCGGUCGCCAAGCACGACGAGUUGGCCCGGGUUGCUCUGUGCGAGCACGUCUCCUGGCUGCCGCUUAACGUACUGGUCGGGUUGAUAAGUUGCUCCGUACCCAUUCAGCUGAAGGCAGAGAUCGUACACACGCUCGCGUCACUGGCUGGCUGCUACGAAAACGCCAUCCAGCUGUGGCACAAUCUGGAGGACUCGCAAAUCAUCAGCACCGUGCCGUCGACGAGCAACUUUCUGACGCGCGGCGUCAAGUCCGAGCUGGAGGAGGUCGAGAGCCGCAACGAAACGUUUCCGCUCACCCAAGCGAUGCUCGACUUCCUCUACUCACUGAUGCGCACCGCCGUGCCGGAUAACUUGGGUGAAGGUACACGAGCGCCCGGCGUCCAUCCGUACCUUUCGUACGUCGUCGAUACGGUGCUGUUGCGGCUGUUCAACCGAAACUACAAGAAUCCAGCGGAGAAGUGGCAGCUGGCACAGAAAUGUCUUCUGAUUGUGCAUAUGUUUGUGAAGCAAUUCAACUGUAACUCGCCAGCGUUGACAAAGGAGCAGCAGAGCAGGGGACAGCCGGCCGAUUACCGCAUACUGCUCAAUCUUAACACCAAGUCCGAGCUGUUACGCCUCAUCUUGCACAUCCUGGACGAGUCGGUCUCGUGCUUCGAUGCGUACGCGCCCUUUCCGGGCAAGAGUGCCCUCGAAGCAUCUUCGCUGCUAUGCUUGCAGAUCAUCGUUCGAGCGCUCAACCUGCAGGAGGACUUUUUCAAUGUACACCUCAAUUCACCCAAUCCGGUCAUUUUGGUCGGCUUGAGCAAACUGCUGCUCGGCAUGAAUCCUCGCAGCGGUAAGGCGGACCAUAUGCUCAACAUCAUGAAGCACAUCACCUACAGCACCUGGCUGCCGGAGAACAGUCUCGUCGCGCUGCGCAUCCUCACGAUCAUCAUGGCGCAGCCGGACGUAAACCAGCUCAUCCUAAGCCUCGUCACCCAGAGCGAGUCACUGAAGAACGAAAUAAGGCAGGGCUUCGUCGAGUGUUUGGAGGCGGAUCUGAACGUUUCUGAGGAACCCGAGGCACCUACGAUAGCGCCCCAUACACUGCACACGACGUUGAACAGCAAAACAAUACUGGCGGAAGAUGACGCGACCGGCAGCGGUCAACAGCAGCAGCAGCGGGGAUCUCACGAAACGUACGUGACGCUCUGUAUCAAGAGUGCCGUGCUCCACCUGAUUCAGGAAUGUCUGCAGCAGCCGGUGACUCCGAAUUUGGCGCACUAUUUACUCGGGUUCGACCUGAGCAAGGAUCUUCAUCUGACGAACCUUCAGCAGCCAGGAAUUAUGAACUUCCCUAGCAACUGCUCCAAGUCGCUCAUCACCCUACUAGAUAAACAUUUGGAGAAUAUCAAGUCCGGCAGUAGUCUUUCGACGAGCUAUAGCAAAUUGAUGGAGUAUGCGUACCGUUUACUGUACCACAUUUGCCGCAACUUCCACACCUCGGAAGUGUUUCUGCGCUUUUUGCGCUCCUGUCAGGACUUCCUGUGUAGGCAUACGGCCGCCUUGCCCUUCCCGAACGCUAAAAACCCGUACCAGCUGAACCAGAUGACGUUCCUGCUAAAAUCGAUCGUGAUCGAGCUGAAGCUCACGAGCGAACGGAGCCAAGCGACCCAGUUCGAAACGAUCUGCAAAAUAUUGCUAAAAACAAUCAACGCACCCGCGGUUGAAGCGGAAUCGGCUGGAGCGGGCAAUUUUUACACCAAUACCACCACCGUAAACCAAUCGCUCAACUCGAAUGCGGACCUGUCCGCGAUGACCGUGGUGGCGAAAGAGUCGAGCGAAACGGCCAAACGGCUUCUCUGCAUGCUGCUGGACUGUGUGAACUUUGAAAUAAAGUCGCUCGAGGAACCGAGCUGGAACUACUUCAACGGGCCGGGUUUACACGAUCUGUUGCAGCACUGCGAGGUGAGUGUCUACCCGGACAGCCGGAUGCGGUUGAUCGAUACGCGAAAGCUGCACUCCAUUCUGCGCGACGAACUCGACUCGAUACAUACGCUCGCGUCGGGUCAGCGGGCUCACAUCGUGCAAGAAAUUCGCACGGUCCUCCAGUACGUGGUUCAGCUGAACGCUCAGCGAAGCUUGUGUAACGCCACGACCAAGUUCCUGGACGCCUGGGGUCAGGUGGCGGAGGUACUCGUUAGCGUCACGCCGACGCUGAUCAUGUCGCUCGAGACGAAACAGAUCAUCAUCACCGAGAUCCUGCAGAUUCUGCUCAGCAAGGCCCUGCCGAACCAGGUCAUGGCUGAGCUGGCCAUCAUUGCCUCCAGCACGAUUUCGCUGCUGAUGGUGAACCUGCGCAGCUGCUUCAUGCUAAAGUCCGAGCAAAUGUCACUGCAAGUGCUCUCGUCGAAGCGCACCGCGAAUGGGAGCAUCGGCGGUGGUGGCGGAUCGCUCGUUGGUGGUGGACCGAACGAGGAGUUGAACGUGUCCGGCCUACAUCAUCAGCAACCGGGGACAACAUACAGCUACCUCGAGCGGGCGAAUGCGUUGAGUUUGAAGUUUAUCCUCAAAAACAUCCUCGAUUGGCUGCUGAUCAGUAGCGAUGGGUCACCCCAGUUAAAGAUGAACCUAUACGUUGCGCUGCUCAACUACAUGUACAUCAUCAAGGGGAAUCAGGAGGGUUUGGAGCGCAGUCGGAAGUUGCAGAAAGACAACGACGAGAAUGGAUCAUUUUUAAAUACAACAAUUACCGGCACCAGUCGAAAACUGUACAACGCGGAAACGGAGGACUCAAAGCAGCUCAAGAUGAUAAUGGACAUUUUUAACUCGUUCGGAGAUAACUUGAUCAACGUAAUCUGCCAAGACUGCACAACAGGUCACGAUAUCUGCAAGAUGCUUGCCAUGUCCUGUCUCGACAUGCUACUCAGCAUGGAUUCCUCGGUGAACAUAGUGGAGUUUGUCGCGCGUCACGGCUAUCUGUCACAUAUCGUCAACAGUCUCCUGAAGAACGACGGUGACCUCUGCCGAAUACUGCAAACCACCCCGAGCAGCUUUCGGGCACUGUAUGUGUACGAGUCGAAGAUGGCCCUACUAAGCCGUCUCGCACGGUGUCAGGUAGGUGCCAGGUUGCUCCUCGAAGAGCGUAUCCUCGGAGUGCUUGGAAGCAUGAAGGUGUACGACAUGCAUCCGGACGUGCAACUUAUGCACGGCAAUUCACAGCAGCACACGUACGCCUCAGCCAUGGCGGCGGCGGCUGCAGCCGCCUCGGCGACACUCUCGUCGUCCUUCAUUCCCCCGGUCGAGGUGCGAUUCCAGCAGAUUCUGUUUCCCGCUCUCAACCUUUGCGAUGCGAUCCUAUCCACGCUGGGGCAGGAAAACAACUCCGCCCUCAGCCAGAUCAUACACUUUUUCCUCUCGCACAGCGACAUGAUCGAGACGGUGCUACGCGUCGGCUCGCCGUUGAUGAAUUUGGGUCUGCUGAAGGAGCUAGCGGGUGUAACGAAUUUGAUCGCGCGUGCCGCCAACCAGGAAAUCUACGAACUGACCGACCCGAAUGCAAACCAAGCCUACAGUCAGCAGAUGUUCCGGUUUCAAAAGUUCAUGCUGGCGUUGCUGCCGCGCUUUAUCGUGUCCGAGCAGACGCUAAAGGAUCUACACCAGAGCAGCAUGCUGGCGCAACCGUACGGUAGUGGAGGCGUCGGUAUUGGUAUCAGUAGCAGCGUUAACGCAACGCUCAACAACGGCGUCAAUGGAAACGAUCAGAAACAUCGGUCGCAACAUCUGAAGUACUUCCUCGAGGUUGCGGCAAACCUUGCGCUGUACGUGCGCAACUGCAUUUCGAACCACGUGGUCGACCAUCGGACGAUCAACGUACUUUUUUCGCCGCACUACACUGGAAGCGAGGGAGCGUCGGCAAUGGUGCCGGCACCACCGCGACCGGAUGCUCUUCGAUCCGCCACGGAAGCUUCCUCCUCCGACGUACCGCACAGUCUGUACGUCGUCAUAACACAGCUUCGCUGUGCGGUGGAGUUUUACAACCACGAGCGCAAUGUGCUGGAAAGUUUGCAGCAACAGCGCAACUCACUGCCAAGCAUCGAUUUAGACAAAAACAUUCAAUUGCAACACAGCAUGCUGACGGAGCGCGUCAAUGAGAAGCAGGACGAAUUGCAGCGAAUCGUAUUUAUUAUCGAGCACUAUCUCUACAUUCUGUGGGCCCACCUGGACUUUUUUAUGCUUCGCUUAAUGCCAGUCAAUACACGCAUCGGCAGCUCGACCUACUCGGGCCACAAUUUCCGAGCGGACAAACAAGAGUCUAGUUUCAGCGUAUCGAACGAGGACAUUGUGGCGCUCAAGAAAGCGCUAAUCGGUGUAUUUAAUGAGACAUUCUGCAAGCAAUUGAUCGAAAUUGACCAGAAGCAAGCGGAGAAGGGAUUCGUGGCUGCCUUUAUCAGACGAAUCAAACAGUCGAUACAGUUCGUGCCGUUAAAGUGAUGAUACGGUGAUGUGCAGUGUUCGACUCAUGUGGGAAACUUAUUACUGGAAAAACAUGUUCCAGUUGACCGGUUUUUUUGUGGUAAUAGAAUGGUAGAGUGUCUAUAACAAACCUAAAGCCUAUAGGAUAAAAAGCGAAACGAGUGUUACGAUCAUGAAUGAUAAUGUAUUACGUUCUAAAUAAAACUGCCAUUGUUUAUAAGAGAUA